AUGGAUGACAGUGCGGGUGACAGCAUGGGUGACAGCGCGGGUGACAGCGCGGGUGACAGUGCCGGUGACAGUGCGGGUGACAGCACGGGUGACAGCACAGGUGACAGUGCGGGUGACAGUGCGGGUGACAGCGUGGGUGAACGGGUGACAGCACAGGUGACAGUGCGGGUGACAGUGCGGGUGACAGCGUGGGUGACAGUGCCGGUGACAGCGCGGGUGACAGCGCGGGUGACAGCAUGGGUGACAGCAUGGGUGACAGUGCGGGUGACAGCACGGAUGACAGUGCUGGUGACAGUGCGGGUGACAGUGCCGGUGACAGCACGGAUGACAGUGCGGGUGACAGCGCAGGUGACACCACCAGUGACAGCAGGGGCGACAGCGCGGGUGACAGCAAGGGUCAGUGCCAGUGACAGCACCGGUGACAGUGCGGGUGACAGCGCGGAUGACAGUGCCGGUGAUACUGCGGGUGACAGCAUGGGUGACACCGCCGGUGACAGCGCGGGUGACAGCACGGGUGACAGCACGGGUGACAGCACGGGUGACAGCGCGGGUGACAGCGCGGGUGACAGCGCGGGUGACAGUGGUGGUGACAGUGCGGGUGACAGCGCGGGUGACAGCGCGGGUGACAGCGCCGGUGACAGCGCGGGGGACAGCGCCGGUGACAGCGCCGGUGACAGCGCCGGUGACAGCACGGGUGACAGCGCGGGUGACAGCGCGGGUGACAGUGCCGGUGACAGUGCCGGUGACAGCGUGGGUGACAGUGCCGGUGACAGUGCGGGUGACAGCGCGGGUGACACCGCAGGGAUCAGCCCCAGCCCCGCCCCAGCUGCCACAGUUCGGGUGUUUGUGAGAAUCAAUGAGGGGCUGAGCUCAAAAAAUGAGGAGAGACCCGAGGCAGCACCCAAAUCCCGACAAAUUCACCCAAAUCCUGCCAAAUUCACCCAAAUCCUGCCAAAUUCACCCAAAUUCAGCCAAAUAAACCCAGCCAAAUCCACCCAAAUCCUGACAAAUCCUGCCAAAUCUACCCAAAUCCACCCAAAUCCUGCCAAAUUCACCCAAAUUCAGCCAAAUAAACCCAGACAGGAGAUUUCCACCCCCUGA